GACAGCGACCAUCUUCAUGAUUCAUCGCCUUCCUCAUAUGAGUCUGACAGCUUAACAGCUUGACUCUCUACGCCCAUGACUCGCAGUCCGAAUGGCAGCCCACGAAAGAAACACAAGCCAUCCGAGGCUACAAUUCACGACGAUUCGGAAUACCAGCCUACGAAAAGACUGUCACCAAGGCACCAAAAACCGUCCUUGGGUGCGAUGAUGGAAUUACCAGAGGACGUUUUCCUCGAGAUAUGCUGCUUCUUGGAACCGCGAGACCUUUUACAUCUCGCUCGCUUGAACAAGGCAUUUCGAGUGGUACUCAUGAGCAAGUCAUCCCGAGGUGCCUGGAAGUCAGCGCGUACCAACGUACCAGGACUCCCCGAUCCCUUCCCCGGCAUGUCAGAGCCUGCAUGGGCCCGUCUCGCUUUCAUACCCGAGUGCACUUUUUGCUCUAAUACAGUCCGCAUACCAGACUUUCUCCUUCGGUCCCGGAUCUGCUCUACUUGUCUGGACACAAAGGUAAUUGGAAGGAAAGAACUGCAUCCCCCGCUGCAUCGCUUGCUCCCCGACCAGCCUCCGGUAUUUGACCUCCUUCCGUCGGUACGAACGAAUUUUCGGGGUAACAAAUCGAUGGGUCGUUAUUGUCUGAAGACUGAAUGGGAUGACAUCAAGAGGCAAAUAUCAAGUCUGACUACAGACCAAGGAAAGGAGGAAUUCAUGGAAGAUAAAUUAGCACGAUUAACGGGACUAAACAAACACGCCGCACUCUGCGACAUCUGGUACAAGCAAUACCUCCGUCUCCGAGAGAAAGAAGCUCAGAAAUCCCGAUCUGAACGAGUCGAAGCGAUCCACGCAAAAUUGAGAGAACUAGGAUAUCUAAAGCUUUAUAUGUGUGACAUAUCCAAACACCCGUACGUAGACAGAAUGUCUCCACUCACCGAUCGAGGAUGGGCCAGGAUUCGGGACGAUAUGGUAUCUUUCGCUGAACUGGUCAUGAAGACCAGAGAGAAAGCGGAGCGAGAACGUCUAGAGAGAAAUAGAGAAGCCGUUCGCCGAUUACAUGGCUAGAAAAGGGCGGCUUAUAGCGGUUCCUUUCGAGGAAUCGGAAGUCAUGCAAACGGAAAUUUCUCGAACUGACACUCCUUGCAAGUUUACUUAUGGCCGCCGGGGUGGAUCAGAUUUGGGGUAGAUGAAGCAAGACUGUUGUGUAGAGCCAUAUAGAAAAGGACGAGAAGCCUAGAUCGGAAAUAGAGAAAGAUUCACGUCUUCGCUACCUCCACACCCAAACAACCCUCCCCAAGUUUGAUUUGGCGCCUUUUUACAAUCUGAAUGCGUGUUAUUGUCAUAGGCACCGUCAAAAUACUCGCACCCAUUCAACGUGCCAGGAAUCCUGCUCGGCUAUCUCGUCGUAAACGGUC